AUGGCUUUCAUGGAUCCCUUCGCCUUCGACCUUCCAUCGCGUCCUCGGGUACCCAGCUUCUUCCGCCGCUUCUCAGGCUGCAGCGCUCACGCCCACGUUGUCCAGCCGGCCGUCGAGGUGCCCGUGCCGCUACUCGAGCGUGCCGUUCCGUUCUUCCACGACGACAGUCUCUCCAAGAGCUCCAAGGCACGGCCGCGGCUGUGUCCGGAUUACGACGCCGACAUCGACGCCAACCUGAAGAUGAUGGAGAAGAACGCCGGGGAGCGGCCGUCGCCGGGCUACCUGACGACGGUGCAGGGCGACAGGAUAAGCCCGGUGACGCGCGGCGCCCUGGUCCUCUGGAUGGACAAGUUCGUCCGUCACUACGAGCUCGGCCCCGGCACGCUCCACCUCGCCGUGGCGUGCAUCGACCGGGUCCUGUCGGUGAGGACCGCGAGGAGCUACGGCGCCUACGAGCUCCAGCUGCUGGGCGCCACGGCCUUCUUCGCCGCCGCCAAGUACGAGGACCAGAGCACGAAGUACAAGCUUAACACGGCCGAGAUCGCAAGGUACUGCGGGCUGGAGACGAGCGAGGAGGCGAGGGAGACGGAACGGGAGAUGAUGAAGGCGCUCGGGUUCCAGAUCAGCCGCGGCCCCACGGCCCACACCUUCGUCGGCCACUUCACCAGGUUCAGCCAGGGAAGGGAGGAGCUCCGGGUGCAGCGCUUGGCGCAUCGCAUCGCCGACCAGUCGCUGCUCAGCCACGUUUGCGUCGGAUUUCUGCCCUCCGUCGUCGCCGCGUGGGCCAUCUUCCUGGCCAGGUUCGCGCUCAACCCGGCGGACGUCUUGGCGUGGAACGCCGAGAUGCAGGAGCUGACGGGCUACGGUUCCUUGGACUUGUCCGGCUGCGUGCAGAUUAUGUACUCCUUCUCGCAGUCCCUGAUCUGCAACCCUCCUUUCUGA